AUGCCGUGCUAUGCUAUGUCGUGCUUUAAGAUCCCACUAUCAUUGUGUAAACAGAUCCAAUCGGUUCUUACACGUUUCUGGUGGGAUGCGAACCCGGAGAAGAGGAAAAUGUGUUGGGUUGCUUGGGAUACUCUAAUCCUUCCGAAACAUGCUGGCGGUCUAGGCUUUCGCGAUAUUGAGACAUUCAAUGAUGCAUUACUAGAAAAGAUAGGAUGGAGGUUACUCAAAGACCCGACAUCUCUUGUGGCUCGGGUUUUACUUGGUAAGUAUGCUUGGAAUUCAUCGUUUAUGGACUGCAAGUCUCCGGCAGUGGCGUCCCAUGGGUGGAGGAGUAUUUUGGUAGGAAGAGAGCUUCUGCGGAAAGGACUCGGAUGGAUAGUUGGGAAUUGA